AUUUAUUCAAUUAUCAUGCUCUGUAUUUUUCAGGAAGGAAAACUGCAUCUGUUCAAUGUCGGAAAAUUCCUCAGAGAACGGUACGGAAACUUCUUAGGAACCCACUAUUCUCCUGAUGAGUAUUAUACUCAAUCCACUGGAGUAGAUAGAACUAAGGUGAGCAUGCAAAUGGUGAACGCGGGAUUAUGGCCACCAGUUGGAGGACAGAAAUGGGGUCCUCUGGACUGGCAACCAAUUCCAGUCUCAUCUGAGCCUCUAGAUCAAGAUUCGUUGCUUCUGGUGAGAAGACCUUGCCCUCAGUACCACAUUGAAAAGGAAAGAGUUAUGAAUUCACCUGAAGUAAAAAGUAUGAUGGCAGAAUACGAAGAUUUAUUCAGGGAACUGACAGAAAUAACGGGACAAAAAGUAGAAGAUUUUGAUGGCGUACAGGAUAUAUAUAGCACGUUGAUGGCAGAGGAAGCUUUCAAUCUCACAUUGCCUGACUGGACGAAGAACUAUUAUCCAAAAAAAAUGUUUACCCCAACCGUGAAGAGUUUCAUUCUCAAUGUAUACACUGACAAAAUGAAUCGAUUGAAAGGAGGUAUGUAUUUAGCGUGGGGCUAUGUCAUCAAUA